CUGCAAGACAUUAUCCGGAUUAUAUUAAGACGAUAAAACGUAUGCAAUAAUAUAGAAUAAUAAAAAUCAUGGAUAUUAGCGCCUUAUUCAAAGCUUGUGUGAAGACCGUUCGACUUCGCAACAAAGCUGUUGGUAUACCAAGCGAUGUGAAAUCACCUCUAAAAAAGCCCCAAAAGUCAUCACCAUUUUUCGCCAAAGCCCGAGACGUUGUUACACAGAUAACAAAGCUACGUGAUUUUUUACUAGAAAAUAGAAAAGCUUAUUUAAAUUUUGCCAAUCACUUGGCGAGCCAGUCACAAAUGAGCGAAGCUGAGAGGGAUCAGAUCGAUUCCGGUGCACAAAAAAUAAUGACAACUUGUUCACAUCUUAUAAAAGACCUUGAACGAGACCUCUCCGGGUUUGACGGUGCCCGACAGGAUCUGGAGCAUAGAGAAAUUGUCCUCCUGCUUAUAGAGGAAUAUUUAAGAAGCGUUUGUAAAGUUUAUUCGGAGCAGAAGGCGAUCAGAGUGAAAAGAGCAAUGGAACUCAGAAAAAUGGCUAAGUUAGAGUUAAUUACAAAUAAAUCUAGACCUGGAGAACUUGGGAGUUCGAGGUCAACUCUUAGUGUGCCAGAAGCACCGGAGGAACGGGACCAGAUUAGUUCCAGCGAUUCGAGUCCCAUGAAAAUUCAGGAGAUUAAUGGGGACGUGAAUCUGCUAGCUGACGAAGAAGAACUCUCUCCUGAGGACAUUCAAAUGUUUGAAUCUGAAAAUGCGCAACUCUAUAAUGAAUUGAAUACCCUGACAGAGGAAGUCAAGCAAGUUGAGAGCAAGGUAGUGCACAUCGCCGAGUUACAGGAAAUAUUCACCGAGAAAGUUCUGGAUCAGGACAGGAACCUGGACAGAUUAAUGACGACAGUUGUUGGAUCCACCGAAGACGUUAAAGAGGCAAAUGAGCAAAUUCGUCAAGCAAUACAAAGAAAUGCUGGUUUGAGAGUAUGGAUUUUAUUUUUUCUUAUAGUGAUGUCGUUCUCCCUGUUGUUUUUAGACUGGUAUAACGAUUAGGAAGAUAUUUCCCGAUUAUAUAUAUAUGGUGUGAAGCUGUCGUUUUUGUACAUAUAAUAAGAAAAUAAAUAAAAAAUUGUUCAAGUUUGAA